AUGGCAGCCUUAGCAACAACAGCAUUUGCACUCUUCCUUCUUUUUGUCUCUAAUUUCUCUUCAGUCUCUGCCAAAGGAGGCUUCACCAUUGACCUAAUUCACCGCGACUCGCCACGCUCUCCCUUCUACAACCCUGCAGAAACUCCAUCCCAACGCUUGGAGAAUGCCUUUCGCCGUUCCUUCGGCCGACUCAGCCAUUUUAAGCCAACAACUUCCUCUUCUGUAGCUCAGCCUAACCAGGCCGAGUCCACUAUAAUCAACAACCGUGGUGAGUACCUCAUGGAGUUGGCAAUUGGAACACCACCGGUUCCGAUCAAGGCCAUUGCCGACACCGGCAGUGACCUCAUCUGGACGCAGUGCAAGCCUUGUGAUGAUUGCUACACGCAAACCGAUCCUCUUUUCGACCCUUCCAAAUCGUCUACUUACAAAACCGUUCCUUGCUCUUCAAACCAAUGUACUGAGUUAAAGGGCAGGUGCUCCGCCAAGGGCAGUGGUUCGGGUUCGGCUUGCCAAUACGAAGUGAACUAUGGUGAUCAGUCAUACACAAUUGGAGACAUUGCCGUGGACACUCUAACCCUAGCUUCCACUACCGGGAGAAAUGUUUCUUUCCCGAAAACAAUAAUCGGGUGUGGUCACAACAAUGAUGGAACCUUUGACAAGAAAGGGUCUGGCAUAGUUGGGCUUGGAGGUGGUGACGAGUCACUCAUUACUCAAUUGGGUACUUCUAUAGAUGGAAAGUUUUCAUAUUGCUUGAUCCCUUUUGCCUCGGAAGGUGACCAAACAAGCAAGUUGAACUUUGGUGACAAUGCUGUGGUUUCCGGAUCUGGCGUUCUUUCCACUCCCAUUGUCAAAGAUCAAACCCGAAAAACCUUCUUUUUCUUGACAUUGGAGGCUAUAAGCGUCGACAACACAAAAAUUCCCUUCUCAUCCUCAAUUUCAGGCUCUGGUGAGGGCAACAUUAUAAUCGACUCCGGCACCACACUGACCAUACUAGAGCAGUCCUUCUACUCGAAGCUAGAAGAAGCAGUUGACAAGGUUGUCGGCGGGGAGCGCGUGAGCGACCCUCAGAUUGGAAUACCUCUUUGCUAUAAGGUGAGUCUAUCCCAGGAUUUGAAGGUCCCAAAUAUUACCGUACAUUUCACCGGCGCUGAUGUGAAGUUGGAGCAGCAGAACACUUUUGUUAGGGUGAGCGAUGAUACUGUAUGCUUUGCCUUUGCUCCGGCGCAGAGUCUUUCGAUCUAUGGGAACCUGGCCCAAGCGGGUUUCUUGGUGGGAUAUGACCUUAAGGGCAAGGCUGUGUCCUUCAAGCCAAGUGACUGCACCAAGUUCUAA